UAAAUUAGAUCGCUAAAAAAAAUUGUUGAAAACAAAAUGAGAGUCAUUCUAUUUAUUUGAUGAUACUUGAAAACGCCAUGACUCUGUUGACCGAGUUGCUUACCAAAUAAACAACAAACAUUAGCAAAGAUCCACACACGAAGAACAAAAAUCCAAUGCUAUGUUCAAUUCCUAUGGUUUUGGCUCAGGAUUUUUAGCUCAAUAUUGCAAUGAUGAAUGUUUUAGUUUAGUUUGAAGUCACCAACCAAUUGAGUUUUGUGUGAAAAAAAAUGGGUUUAUCUUUUUAUGUCAGAUUUAGACAUCUCUUACCUGUUCUUGUGUGUCUUGUUACUAUACUUGUUUUUCAAUCGUAUUGGAAAACAUUUUCUCUCUUGGAUUUGUCUAGUAGAUUCAUUGGAAACAAUGUUACUUUACAAUCUAAUUAUUCAUUUCAAUAUGAAGUGGAAAAUCAUGAAAAAGAAAUUCACAAUUUCAAUCAAAAAAUACUGCUUGAUGAUUCCACACAGAAGGUUAGAGAAUUUGAUGAAAAACACAAUAUUCAACACCAGAGAAAAGGGUUUCCUUCAAAGGGAACAAAAGGUCUGAAUGCAGAUUGGAGCAUUUAUCAUGAUAAUGUAAAAAAGUCUUCAAAUGGAAGUGGAAUACAAAGUAUGGAAAUUGACCCUCAAAAUAAGGAAAAACCUCAGUUACUGAAAACUUCUUUGUUGGGUUCUUCGAUCACGAUGCAGCCAACUUCAUUAACUCGGCUGUACUCUCAAUUGAUUCAAAGUUUUAAUUCUUCUUCUAGGAAGCCAAAGUCGUCUUCGCAACGUGACCGUGAACUCUUAGCUGCAAAAAUAGAGAUUGAAAAUGCAAAUGUCUUGUUGAAGUCUUCAGGACUUCAUGCACCUGUUUACCGAGAAGUUUCCAAAUUUUCAAGGAGUUAUGAACUGAUGGAGCGCAAGCUCAAAGUUUAUAUCUAUAGAGAAGGAGAAAAACCAAUAUUUCAUCAACCAAAGAUGAGAGGAAUUUAUGCCUCAGAGGGAUGGUUUAUGAAAUUGAUGGAGGGAAAUAAAAGGUUCAUUGUGAAGGAUCCGAAAAAAGCUCAUUUAUUUUACCUUCCGUUCAGUUCACAAAUGCUAAGGGCCAAUCUUUCUGACAAUAAGAAGAUGGAGCAGUACCUUGACAAAUAUGUGAAUAUAAUUGCCGGAAAAUAUCGUUUCUGGAAUAGAACUGGAGGAGCAGAUCAUUUUCUCGUUGCCUGUCAUGAUUGGGCUUCCCGAAUCACUAGGCAACCAAUGAAAAAUUGUAUUAGGUCUCUUUGCAAUGCUAAUGUUGCUAAAGGAUUUCAAAUAGGAAAAGAUACUACUCUACCUGCUACAUACAUACAUUCUGUGAUGAAUCCACUAAGAAAAAUUGCAGGUAAACACCCUUCAGAAAGGACUAUACUAGCCUUUUUCGCAGGAAGCAUGCACGGUUAUCUCCGUCCAAUCCUACUCAAACAUUGGGAGAACAAAGAACCUGACAUGAAAAUUUUUGGCGCAAUGGCACGUGAUGCGGAAGGUAAAAGAAUUUAUAUGGACUACAUGAAUAGUAGCAAAUAUUGCAUAUGUGCUAGAGGUUAUGAAGUUUACUCACCAAGAAUAGUUGAGGCCAUAUUUUCCGAGUGUGUGCCGGUGAUCAUAUCAGAUAAUUAUGUGCCCCCUUUCUUUGAGGUUUUGAAAUGGGAAGCAUUUUCGGUAUUUGUUCGUGAAAGGGAUGUCCCUAAUCUUAGAAGCAUACUUCUCUCAAUCACAGAAGAGAAGUACUUGGCAUUGCAUUUGGGAGUAAAGAAGGUUCAACAGCAUUUCCUGUGGCAUAAAGUUCCUGUCAAGUAUGACUUAUUUCAUAUGAUUCUUCACUCUAUUUGGAACAAUAGACUUUCUCAUAUUAGACUCAAGUAAUGAUAUCAAUGAUGUAAACAAGUAGAAGAUGUAAAUAGAUAUAUGUAUAUCUUGUUUUGUUAAUUUUUAUGAUGUUUAUUGAUUUAUCUGAGAGUUACUUUACA